UCUACAAUAUCGAUAGAUCGCUGUCAAACAUCAAAAACCGUCAAGACUACUGAACUUGCCACUAGUAGUCGCUUUGUGAUGAGCGUUUUGAUGUGUCAGUUUCUUUACUGUUUAAAUGGCAAUCGCUGAUACGGGAGUAUGGUUGGAACAAGAAGUAGUGAUGAGGCUAGCUAAUUUUUAUAAAAGAAAACCUACUCUUGAACUCUUGACAGUCUUCUAAAUCCAUUGAUUUGCCGUGUAUCCAUUUCAUAGCAGUCCCAUCUCAGACAUAUGGGGUGAUAAUUUUGGUUACACAAAGCGGGGUAGGCUCCAUCUUCAAGUACCUCACCUUCCCUUAAUUCAUUUCUUAUCACACAAGAUAUCCCUCACAAUGAAGUACCAGUGUCCACUUUGCCCCAAGAAAUUCACUUCCAGAAACAUGCUGAGACAGCACACCGGCACUAACGACGCAGCCCUCCGCCGUGCCCACCUGUGCACCAAAUGCGAGCAGACGUUCUGCAGCCAGAGGGCGAUGGAGCAACAUCGCGACGCUCCAUCUCACGAUACCAUGUUCACCUGCGACGUGUGUAAGAAGCCUUUCGGAAGUAGGCAGGCUGUGGAACAGCACAAUAAGAAGUCUUCACUACACGCGAGAAGGCUGGCUCAGGCAAAUCUUGCAGUUGGAAAUGUGGUAGGUGCGUCGUCGAACCCGCGAAAUAUGGAAUCCCUUGAACGAGCGACGCCCUCCACUCCGAUCAAGGAAGGCACGCGUAGCAGUUCCGACAGCUGGGAAGAGUACUCCGAUGACGAAGACAUUCUGGCGGAAGAUCGCCCCGGAGCAGUCUGGGACGAGGACCAGAACUGGGCGCUCUGUGAUACAGAUUGUGGAUGGUGCGGACAUUGUGCUGAUGGAAUGGAUUACUGAGUCGUCACGAACAGAGGUCCAAUAAAUGUUUCUUGACAUAGAAUCGUUGGUGUUGCGCUCAAUUCAGCACAGCCUUUUAUAAGAAUGGUUUCUGGAAGCAUUUGAGGCGCUCGUGGAGUCUAGAGGUUAUAGUGACGCCAUUGUGCUUCAGUAGCAAACGACAAUGUAUCGGCUGCGUGGACGUAGCUGCUUUUCUACCCCGAAGGCGCUGAUGAUGAUGUGUAUGUCGUUGUCUAGUAGCAAAAU